AUGUCUACGACAUCGUUGUUAAUCAAUGAUAUUCGAAAUAAACUUCUGAUCGCUAUUGGUAUCAUCUUUAUCUUUCUCGGAACUGUUGGAAAUAUUUUAAAUAUAAUUUUAUUCAAACGUCGUUCAAUGUGGACACUUUCUCCAAGUAUUCCAUUGCUUUUAAUCGCUUCAAUUUGCAAUUUAAUCACAAUAUAUCCAUACCUUCUAUUAAGGACAUUUCUUGGUUUUAAUCUCCCAUUAGUUUACACAUCCUCAAUCUUAUGUAAAAUGCAUGUUUAUUGUUAUUAUAUUUCCAUUGUUACUUCAACUUGGUUAAUGGUUGCGUGUUGUGCGGAUCGAUUCUUUUCAUCAUCUCGUCAUGUGAAAAUACGUGCGUAUAGUAAUAUGAAAACAACUCGACGUAUAACAAUGAUUGCAUUUCUGGUCAUACCUUGUGUUUAUAUUCCAACACUUUAUUGCUAUGAGAUUAAUCAAUUUACUAAACCAGUUCCAUGUUAUCAACAAAACAGCGAAUGUGGAUUAGCAGAUAUUGUGAAUUAUUUCGUUUUUCAAUCUGUUGGUCCACCUAUAUUCAUGCUUAUAUUUACUAUUGGCACUAUAAUGCACAUUCGGCAAGGUCAUCAGGUUGGACCAGAUAUUCCACUUUCAGCAGUAACAAAUCCUUCGACAACAAUUCAUAAAAACACAAGAAUCAAUCGAAAAACUAAUCGAGCAAACACACGAUUACUCUAUGCUCAAGUUAUUGUGUAUCUUCUUUGCUCGAUACCACUUUUUACUAUGAAACUAUAUGCACUUAUUCCACUCUCAAUCGUCAAAAGUGAUGUUCGAAUAUCUGUCGAAGCACUUCUCCUAAAUGUCGCUCUUUGGUUUAGUUUGGUUGACAAAAUCUUUUCAUUUUAUAUUUAUACAUUAUCAAGUAGACAUUUUCGGCAAGAACUUAUGAAACUCUUUAGAAAAAACAUACAACAACGACAGAAUUAA